CGUGCAGACAUCCGCCCCUUCAAACAAGGAGUUAAUAGAAAACGAGCGCACUUUCGCUGUACUCUACUAUGUAGGAUUUACGGAAGAGUCGUCCCAGGCGUGGCUGAGGAACUUCCUUCUUGUACAGAUCAAAAAUGACGGCGACUCUGCGCCCCUACCUGAACGCUGUGAGGGCCACCCUGCAGGCAGCCCUCUGCCUGGAGAACUUCUCCUCUCAGGUGGUGGAGCGUCACAACAAGCCCGAGGUGGAGGUCAGGAGCAGUAAGGAGCUGCUUCUCCAGCCCGUGGUGAUCAGCCGUAACGACAAGGAGAAGGUUCUCAUCGAGGGGUCCAUCAACUCCGUCAGAGUCAGCAUUGCCGUCAAGCAGGCUGAUGAAAUCGAGAAGAUUCUUUGCCACAAGUUCAUGCGGUUCAUGAUGAUGAGAGCUGAGAACUUCUUCAUUCUGAGGAGGAAACCAGUUGAGGGAUAUGAUAUUAGUUUCUUGAUCACCAACUUCCACACGGAGCAGAUGUACAAACACAAGCUGGUGGACUUCGUCAUUCACUUCAUGGAGGAGAUCGACAAGGAGAUCAGCGAGAUGAAGCUGUCCGUCAACGCCAGGGCCCGCAUCGUCGCUGAAGAAUUCCUCAAGAACUUCUGAUGCUGGCCUUGUCUUUGGGGUCUCUCUAAGGUGCCAAUCAACUCACGGAGAACUUAGGGAGUAAACAGCCAAUCAGCGAGGAGAUGAGAUCGUUGUGACCAAUCCGACAGCCUUUUGUGUGCAUCCUGUAAUAUUUCCCCCGUAUUCAUGGAUAUCAAUUCCUGUAUAUAAUGAAAUAUUUGCCAGUUUCAUUGUCAGCCUCUCUGAACAAAUCCCCAAACAAAGGCGGGUCCUUAAAGUAUUAAUCAAGUUGAUAGCCAUGAAUACGAUGGAGCGCUGAGGAUUUGUUGUUGCAGAUAAAAAAAGAAAAAUGACCGGGUUUUUUUUUUGUUUGUUUUUUUUGUAUCGUCUAACGGAGUCCUGUAUGUUCUGUCGCCAUUGCUUCAAAAAUUGUCUCCAAAGUUUUGAACACAAAAAUGUCUAAGGGGAGCGAUCCGCGCGGCAUUAAAUCACGGAGUGGGAAGCCGCUCUAAAGUUGCCAUGGUAACCAGUGAAAGAAAAAAUAAUGAGAGAGAAAUAAAAGUCAUCUGUUUGUA